UUUUGUUUCGUAAUGCAUCUUUUAUGAGUGUGAAGUAAAUACCGCUUACCAAUGUUUUCUUCUCUUACUGAUACAAUUAACCUUCAACCACAAGUGGGAUAUGCAUUCAAAACACAUAUUACAAAUAUACUGAAAAAGAAGACUGUAGAGAACUUGGUAUCUGUCAAGUAUUCUAUCGGUACAACUAUAUACAUCAAUAUCUGUCAUUCCGAUAGUUUACCUGCUCCCAUGUUGGCGACAGAAGCUGAUAUCCAAGCUGCUUUAAGGGCAGACCCAGGUGCCACAUAUCAGGUUCCUUUAAGUCUUGGAACUCCACGUAUGACCGAUGAUAAGAAUAAGGCUGCACCAAUUAUGGAUGCUUGUAUCCAUACACAACCAUUUAUACGCUCUGAACAUGACCUAGAUUUUCGUCUUUAUAUCAUGGAAUUGGCAAUGGAACAUGUGGAAGACGAGCUUGGUGUGAAUCUUAGUCGUGAAUUUACAAUGCUUAAAACUCCUGCUAAAGGAUUACCUAUACCAAACCGGAUAGUACAUCUACCUAAGAAACCUGGGACAAUUGACCAUAUCGUAUCAACUAAAUUGGAGAAAAGCAAACAGCGAGAGACAUCUACUCUUCCUCAGAAACCCACUGUUGAAGAAAUGAAGGAGAGUUGGUCUUGUAAUCCAAAAUUUGAGAGGGAGGGUAAUCAUCUAGUUGUAAUCAUACAAAUGCCGCUUAAGUCUCAUAUGUCAUGGACAGUGGAAAUUGAAAGCUCUCAUCUGUUUUUGAGGGGAAAAAAUGAGAGCAAAACAGUGGAAAUUGUGCUUCCUGCAGUUAUAAAUGUAGAGUCAUCAUCGAAUCAAGUCUAUUUCUACAAAAAGAGUGGUCAUUUGAUAGUAAAGUUAGCAGUUGUAGACCAACGUCAGAGGUACCUCUAACUAUAGUUGUAAGAUUUGCGAACAUGAUUGAACAUCUUGAUUUGUAUAAUAAAAUGAUAGGAUCGAGUUCAUCCAAAUGGAAAUUCAAACUCACAUUAUACGUGUACUUCUUUGUGUUUGUGUGACGAUUAGGCACAGUACUAAAGAAAACUAGAUUU